AUGCGGACAGAGAUAGUGCUAAUCGCAGCUUUAGCAGCUUAUGCUGCGGCAGUGCCUGUGAUUGAAGACCAGGUCCCCGAAUAUUCGAGGUUCAUCCAGUUCCCUGAUGGCAACGAAGCUACUCACACCGUGGACCUCGAGGAAGAACCUGACUAUCAACAAGUCCUUGAACGUAACCCAGAGUUUUUGCAAUCGUUAGUCAUCAACGAUGCGCAGUCGAUUCUCAACUCCAACUUCGACCCAGCUGAUCCCACCGUGGUUGUCACUCACGGGUGGCUGAGCAACGAGGAAAGCAAUCUUAACCCUGUUAUCAGAGACGUCACUUCCCAUCCUCCUCAAAAUUUGCAUCAACAUUUUUGGUGGCUUCAAUUUAGAUUACAUUUAGGUCUUAAUAAGGACCAAUCCUUUUUUACGUCACGCGCUAUUUUUAGGCAUACACAACCGACUAUAAGUAAAAUAAAGGUGACAGCCAGCUGCACAAAGCACAAACAAAGUGCUUACCUCAGCAAAGGUGACUACAACAUCAUCGUUCUCGACUGGAGCCGUCUAGCUCGACGCAACUACGUCACAGCGGCAAGGGGUGUCCCAGACGUCGGUCGCGGCCUUGGGCAGUUCCUCCGAUUCCUGCACAAGACUACUGGAGCUUCGUACGGAUCUAUGCAUCUGGUCGGGUUCAGUUUGGGAGCCCAUUUGGUUGGCAACGCUGGCAGGGAGCUGGGAGGCGCUGUUGCUCGAAUCACUGGUCUAGACCCCGCCGGUCCUCUCUGGUACACCAGCAGCAACCGUCUCGGCCCCAACGACGGAGUAUACGUCGAGGGCAUCCACACCGACGGCGGCACCACCGUCGGCGGCCUCGGCAUCGGCUCUGCCAUCGCCAACGCCGACUUCUUCGUCAAUGGCGGCUCGUCCCAGCCCCUCUGUCUCACCAACAUCUGCAACCACAACCGCGCCUGGCGGUACUUCGCUGCCACCGUCUCGUAUGAUCAUCUGACUGGCCGCGAGUGUUCGAGUUUAGUUCAGCUCAAUUUGAACACGUGUAGGGGACAGUCCCUUAAUAUGGGGAACGCUGAUUUGACGAAGUCCGGAUCUGGCCGAUUCAGAGUAAACACAGGACGAAGAUAUCCCUACUAGACUACUGCAAAAGCAAUGGAAGAAUCGAGAACAAUGAUCUUAAAGUUUGACAAAAUAAAUAUGAAAUUUCGUUA